AUGUCAACAACCCUAACGAAAGAAACCGCCCACACCAACAUCAAAAAGCUCAUUACCAACCUCAUCAACAUCAAAGACACAACCGGCAAAUUCCUCCUGCACCUCGAAGACGGGCGCAUCAUCGACACAAAGUCCUGGAACGGGUGGGAAUGGACGCACGGGAUCGGGCUGUACGGCCUGUGGAAGUACUACGAAAUCACAGGCGACAAGACGCUCCUCACCACAAUCGAGCAAUGGUUCGGCACACAGCUGGCGCAGGGGACAACCAAGAACAUCAACACCAUGGCCGUCUUCCUGACGCUCGCGUACGUGUACGAGAAGACGCACAACCCGGCGUACCUAGUAUGGCUGGACAGCUGGGCGGAAUGGGCGAUGCACGAGCUGCCGCGCACGCCGCACGGCGGAAUGGCGCACAUCACGUAUCUGUCGGAGAAUCACCACCACCAGCAACUGUGGGAUGAUACGCUUAUGAUGACUGUGAUGCCGCUGGCGAAGAUCGGACGGCUUCUGGGAAGACCAGAGUACGUCGACGAGGCGAAGAGGCAGUUCCUCAUCCAUAUCAAGUACCUCUUCGACACGAAGACCGGGCUGUUUUUCCACGGGUGGGAGUUCAACGCCGACCAGAGUAAGAGCCACGGACACAACUUUGCAAAUGCGCGGUGGGCGCGCGGGAACAGCUGGGUGACGAUUGUGAUUCCGGAGUUCAUCGAGCUUUUGGAUCUGCAGCCUACCGACCCGGUGCGCGUGCAUUUGAUCGAUACGCUCGUGGCGCAAGUGGAAGCACUCAAGCGGUUGCAGACGGAAGACGGAUACUGGCGGACGCUGCUGGACCAUGAAGAUAGCUACGUCGAGUCCUCGGCGACCGCGGGUUUUGCGUGGGGAAUCUUAAAGGCCGUGCGGAAGAGGUAUAUCGGUGUCGAGUACAAAGAGGUCGCGGAGAAGGCGAUCCGGGCUGUGGUGGCCAAGAUUGACGAUGACGGGGAGCUGCAGAAUACGAGCUUCGGAACGGGCAUGGGUGACUCACUGGACUUUUACAGGGCCAUUCCGUUGACGAGCAUGCCGUACGGGCAGGCGAUGGCGCAGGGGGCCCUGGUCGAGUGGUUGAGGGGAACCUUCUAG